UAAAUCAAGUCUCCAUCAUGAACAUCCUGAUGUGGCUAUAGGUUAGUUUCUUGUCUUUCUUUUGACAUCAACUUUAUGUGAAUUGUGAGCUUGACAUGCUGAUUAUCAUUUGCACAUGUUGAUACUGCAGUAUAAAUCAGUCAUAAUUGUCAUGUGUUGGUUACGAGUUGUUGUUGUUCUCAGCUGUUGGUCAACUGGGAGUGUAUUUAAUGGGAGUAGGAAAGUUGGAUGAGAGCGAACAAUACUUGAGAGAAUGUCUGGACAUACACAGACAUUCACUCCAAGAGAAACAUCCUCAUACAGCAUUUCCAUUGAAAUAUUUGGGAGAAUGUCUUAUGAAAAAAGGGAACAACAAAGAAGCAGAGAAACUUCUGUCUGAAGCUGUCGACAUUGAAGCAGUUGGUCUCCACCAAAACCAUCCUGAGAAAAUCUCCACAUUGAUUUUAUGGUCAGAAUGUUUGCUAAAUAUUACUGACUACAAACGUGCCCAGCCUGCUCUGUUUGCUGCUCUUCAAAUCAUCAAUAGUAACCAGCAGCCGAGCAACAGCAGGCAGAGAUCUGAAGUAAUGCGUCUACUAAGGAGACUGAGCCCAUUCCAACGGCCACAAUCUGGCGAGACAAUUAUUGGUGAAGGGAAAGCAGAAGAAGUGGAACAGACAGAUGAGAGAGGAAAUAGACUUGAGAGAAAGUCAUCGAUUGAGGAUGAGGGUGACGAUCAUCCCGAUCAAUCUGCACCCACAAUGGAAAAUGUUGACAUUUCUGAUCUGUGCCACCCAUUGUGGGUGGGUGGUACAUUGGAAGUGUUGCACGUUGGUAGCAGUGAUGGCUUGUCAUUCCACGAGACGAUGGGCAGUGAGGGAGGAGAGCUGAGUGCUGGCAGUGUGAGCAUUACUGUUCCAGCGGGUGUCGUUCAAUCACCAACACAAUUCUCCAUUCAUUCAUUCAUGCAAGAUAAGUAUAUGCCUCUCGUCUCUGCUAGUGGCUACCAAGUGGUCAGUCCAGUUAUUUUUCUUGGUCCCCAUGACGUCUCAUUCAGCAAGCCAAUCAAAGUGUGUAUCAACACCAUAGCUGAUGUGACUUCAGCAGGCGUGUCGUUCACUCUGAUGAGAUGUGAAUCAAGACUCGAUGAGACGAAGUGGAGAUGGCGUGGUGUGGUAGUGUAUUCUCCUGAUACUCAGGAAGUGCAGUCACAUAUUCCAUUUGAUCCCAACAGCUGGUCAGUAGAGGUGACCAGUUUUAGUGGGUGGGUGUGGCUUGUUAGUUUUAUUAAGAGCCCAACCAUUUUAUUCAGAAGGAAGAUGGGAUGUGUAGUUCUUGGUCGAAGUCUUUCUUCUUGCAAAUGGUCAUUGUCUGUGCAUCUUUUCAAUUCAUAUGAAGAAAUUGGUCAGAAAAUUAUUCGUGACCAUCAAGGACAUGUAUCAUUGCCUGCUAUCCAGCUCUGUCCAGUGACGGAAAUUGUAGUUCGUAAGCAAGGUCAUGUGGUCAUGAAGCCUCAACUUGGUCCAGAAUGGUCAUUGUGUCGAGGUGAUGUAGAAGUUCAGUAUCCAACCAGACAUCUGUGGAGACAAUCAUUUGAUCACGAUCAUUGCUUUACAUUUGAAGUUGAAGCAAAUGGCCCUCAUCCUGAUAGUUUAGAAUUUCCUGUUCGUGUUGAGUACAUCAGACAAGGUGAAGUGGACUUCAGUCUCACAUUGGAAGCAGUUCACAAACUGUCCAAAUCAGCUGAUUCAUCAAAUUCCAGUUUACCUCCUCACUCUCCUUCUCUUCCACAUGAGGAACAGAAAACAUUCUACUUCUGUAGUGAAGAGGGUCUACAUUCCUCUGGCUUCACAUCUUCAUCAACAGCAACAAGGGAUAGAACUUCAUCACAAAGAUCAAUAAUACAACAACCUGCCAAUGUACACACUGUCAGUCAAUGUGGUGUUGGCCCCAGUUAUAGCAAAGUUCAAGAGAAAAGCUCAUUGCUAGUUCGUCUUCCGGUUGGAAGUGAAGUUCCUUACACAGGAUGUACUUUCCGGUACAUAGAUACUACAGGUCAGACAGUUGAAGAAGUUCCAGGAGAAAGGCUGGAUAGUCGUACAAUAGAAACUGUUACUCCUGCUUGGCCACAUGCUGAUCGAGUGGAGAUACACAUAUUUUCUUCAGAUGGACAAACUCGUCUCGGAUAUUUUGUACACGUUUUCAUUGACUCGUCUGCAGAGAUGUUACCUCGUAUUGUCAAUGAUUGUGAGGGUGACAGCAGCAUGCUACCAGGAAUAGUAGAUCAAGGGACAGAGAAAGAACAUUCUUCAGUCUCUGUUGUGAAGAGGAGGAGCUUGUCAAGUUACAGAUCUGAAAAAUUAGAUUUACAAGCAAUUGUGUCUGAUGUACAGUUUCUUGAGGUUGGCAUGGCUGUCAGAAGUCAUUGGUAUGAGAUUGGUAUUCGUCUUGGAGUCGACAUAGAAGAGUUGUCUGAUUGUCAAGAACGUUUCCCUUGUAACUUGGCUGCUCGCCUCGUGCAUAUCUUCUCACUGUGGAGAAAACGAGUGCACAAAGCAACUCUUGCAAUACUCCUGGAAGCAUGCAGACAAGCAGGUGUGGGUGCAGCAGCAGAGAAAGCAGUAAAGAAGGCACAAAAUCAAAGUGAAAUUGGAUAGAAUUACUAAGUUUGACAUUUUCAUUUAUAUUUGUUUUUAUGAUACGGGAUUUUGCUAAAGUCACGUGAUAAUGCGCAAGCGUACACUCCAAAGGGGUUUGCUCUUCCGGCAUAAAAAUGGUUGACAUUGUAUCAUACACAGUUUUCUGAUUCUCACAUUAGGAGAUGUAUAGUAUAUUAUGUUAGACAUUACAACAAGCACACAAUUAUGAAGAUAGUUUAGUGUAAAAUUCCCGUAUAUCCGGGAUUUUAAUUUCAAGUGACAUUGUACUUUGUAACGGUGAGAAACGUGGACGAAGAGUCAAUUCAGAGACACGUCGUCAAUCUCGUGAAGGAAGUAAAGGCUGUGAUUGAUAUCAACGACUGACUGUGUUUGUUGACAAAUUAAUUAAUUUGUUCUUGCUGUGCUGAUUCGAACGUUUGGAGCGGCAA